UUGACUUGCCUUCACACGCUACCCAAGUUUGUGGUGGAUGCAGCGAGUUCAAGUUGGAAGCAGUGGUUUAAUCAGUUAAAGGAACUAAAAGAUAUUAAGUGCCUGAAAGGUAAGCUUUGUGUGAAUAUUAGGUUCCCAAAAAAUGCUCCAAAAGUUGAGGAAGGAUGUACAACAGAAGGAGCAUAUUUGAAGAGCAAGGAACAUCUUAAUCAUAUUACUAUCAAGUUUGAUGGGAGAAAGGAUAAUGACGAGGAAGAAAAAAGAUUGAUUGAAGAGCAGGUAUUCCGUAGCUGUUCGUCUUCCUUGCAGCAGUUGGAGAUUGAUCAUUGCCAAAAUUUGACAAGUUUUAUCUUUGGAGGAUUGGAGCAUCUCACAGCUUUGGUACUAUUACGUAUAGAUACUUGCCCAAAUAUGAGGCUAUUGGAACAAGAGAGAGGACGGCAUGCCAUGGAAAUCCCUCCAUCAAUCCCUCAUCUUCUUGGAAUUAUCAAAUCUCCCACAACUGGUGGAACUUCUCCGAUGGAUACACUACUUGGCUGCCCUACAAACCCUUCAAAUUCAGAAAUGCAAAGGACUUGA